UGUGGGUUGCGCUCGAGUCGAAUGUUCUGUAGUUUGUUUACCUGAAAGCCGUUCCGUGGUUCCGUUUAGCGUUAGUUCAGUCUGUUGGGUCACGGGAAAUUUGAGUUAUACGCCGGUGAACUUAUUUUUAAUAGAAUAGUUUAAUUAAAUCUGCUAUAAUUUUAUAAUAGAAUUACAUUUUUAGUCACAGUGGCCUUAAAAUAUAUUUAGAUAAAUUUGUUAAGAACUUGACAAAAAAAUGAGUGAUACCGUUAAAGAUCUCUCUUUAAAUAACUCAAACGACUUAAUUGAGGAGAAUUUUAAAAGUUGUUUUGCUCGUAGUGUUGCUGUUAAUUCACAGCGGAACAGUUCAAGCGAUAGUUUUUCUGUGAAUUGUGAAGGUGAUGAAGAUAAUAAGCAUAUACUUGAAAAUAGUUCUUCUACCCAAGAUUCACAAUUCCGAUUUAAAAAGAACUACCGUCCACAUUUAGAAGAAAACAGAAGAUUUUCAUGCGGAAGUAUAAUUCAGAAAACAGCACCUGCGUCCUUUUUUUCACAACAGCCUAAAAGAAACGAAAUACCUGUCGAGAGUAUCUACAAUCAAAAUAAGAUUGAAACAUUGCAGUGGCAAAUAAAAGAGAUUGAAAAGAGUCGGGAAAUGUAUAAAGCUGUAUUAAAACAAGUAGUGACUUUUCUUGAAAAGGCCUAUGUUAGUUUGGAACACUUAGGUGCCCGACUUAAUACAAAAAAGUCAGUGACGAGAUCAAAAAGUGAACAUUACAUUUUCGAUGAAAGUGAUAAUUGCAGUGUGAGCAGUAAAAGAAGUUUAGUUGAGGAGCCUUUUAAUAAUUGGAAUCCUUCCCAGAAACGACAAGAUUGCAAUCCUAAUGAAGUACCUCCAGAAAAACUAUCCCAGGAAGCGUUUCGCCUUCUUAGAACCGCCCAGUCGUUACUUAGCACACAAGAACCAAAGCUUAGCUCAUCGGACAGCAUUCCUGACGUACCAUCUGAUGUAGAAUUUCUACAACAACUAGCAAAAGAAUUUCCCUGCGAAAGUGCAAAGCCUCAGAGGUCCAGUAGUUUUAAUUUAAGUCCAAAACUUAUUUUGCCCGAGAGCGAGAUUAGCAUUUCUAUGGCGUUAAACAGAAAAUUGUCGCUACAACUAAAUGAGUACCGACGCAACUCGGAAUCGUCUAAGAAUUUCAAAAAUUCAGCCGGGUCUGACAUUGAUGAAAAUGAUUGUUAUUUCCUAGGACCAAGAGUAGACAAGCUCGAAAGAAAUUCGCAAACUAGUGAUUCCAUAAGAAGUUCUGGAAAUGAAUUUACGGAGAAUAAGUUUAAAUGCGUAAAGGAACAGUUAAAUCCUGGAUCCCUUGCUACGGCUAGUAUUAGUUCGACAGAAGAUGAGAGUGGGUUCUCUUCAAUGAAUUCAUUUCAGGAUAUUGGAUUGCCUCUAAUUAAUUCGACAGGUUUAGAAGAUGUUUCAGCCCGUAGCGUACUUUUAAAAAGUAUGCUUCACAAUAACUGCGAUACCCUCAUAGAAGGCACUAUUUUACCUCUCCUCGAAAGUUCUUCUACGAAGACCCAAUACUUAGGUAGAACAUGUGAAAAAUAUAAAAAGCCUAUGGAUAAAGACAGUUUACUACAGGAAGAGAAGGAAAGAUGUAAAUUAAAUGACAUUAAGUUAUGGCAAAAAUGUCCACUUGAAAAACCUUCGACGACUGCAAUUUCAAGCAUUUCUAAUUCUGGACUUACAACACCUCUUAGUUCUAGAGGAAACCAUCAAAGAUGGCAUUCAACUCCUGAACAAAAAGAUAGUAAACAAUUACUCAAAGUUCUUUGGGUUUAGAGCCUAAACAAGUAGUUUACGCUAAUAUAAAAUCUAAGUGCAUAGGAAUUAGUUUACGUCUAUUAUCCUAUAAUCUCUAAGUUAUUGUAAGAUUUUUAAUGAUGUAAUUGUUUAUUUGUUAAUAAAAACGUAAUAUUUUGAAUGAUAUAAAAACAUUAUAAUUCAGAUGAGACAUUGAAAGAUAAUAAUAUAUUCACCCAUAACCAAUUUCAUUAUUACAACAGCCAUUAUACAGGUUGGAGAAUUAAGAUUACAAAUUGUCACGGCAAAAUCACGGUAUCACUGAUUUCUCUCGUGGAUGAACCGCCGCCUCUGAUCGUCCAAUAGGUAUUUGCUGUUUUUGUUUUUAUAAAAUAAAAAUAAUGAUACAUGCCUCAUUUUGCUGUUUGACUGCACACUGAACUAUUGAAUUAACUUUUUUCAAAUUAUUAAAUAGUUUUAUAGAGGAAAUUCGGCAGUACAAUGUGGGGAUUUGUUUUCAAUUACAUUUAAAAAUAGACUGAUUCCCUGCAAUAAAAAAAACAAUUUUAAAUGUGGUUUCAAAUUUUUAGAUAUCCUUUUAUCUUCAAAAUUAUUAUAAAUGCCACGUUAAAGUACGAGAGGAACUUCUAUGGAAAAUGAGCAAGACUGGCUGGAAGAACAUGGACUUGAUUAUAUUGAACUAGAUUAAACAGGAUCAAGUAGAAGUAUCGGAGAGGAAGUGGGUAUGGACCAUGAAACUAUUACCAUUAUUUCGAAAAAACAUGGGUAUAAAUGUUUAAAAUGUUCUAAACCUUAUGAGAUA